AUAUAUCCAAAAUACACUAAGAUAUUAUUGAACAUCUAAAAUAAUUAUCUGUUACAUGAAGGUUGAUGGUUGAAGUUGGCGGUUGAAGCUUGAAGUUUUUACAUUUUGGUUUUGUUUCAUUGAAUAAUGUUUCUCAUUUCAUGAGAAAUUGGUUUUCGUUCUAUGCUUUCAUUUAUUUGAUUUUCUUUCUAUCAAUAAUUAUGUUUACCUUCCGUCUAAUUUUGAAUGAUCACGUUAGAUGUACCUUUCUUAUUUUUGAAUCGAUUUUAAUUAUGUUUUGGUUAUACAAAUCAGGUACUUUAAAACCGAAGAACUGAUUUUACUUAUGUUUUAGUUACAAAGUACAUACAAAGUAGGUACUUUUAAGCCGAAGAACCGAUUGAGAUCCAAAGCCGAAAGUACAUCGGGUUGUACCGGUUCUUUAAAGAUUUACUAACCUCAACCUGAACCUGAUAGAACUCGAACCGUUCCGAACCGAACUUUCAUAUAAACCAAAUGUUACUAGUUUUGACAAACCUAAAAAAAACUAAGAUCCUUUUGGACAAAAGCUAAAAGAUUGGGAUCUCGAAUGUCCAGCCUAAUCAUGUCCAUUUCAGUGAGAGUUGGGUCUAUGAGCAGUAGAAGCUGAAAGCAAGGCUUCACCCUACCUUUUUAGGCCCAAAAUACCACUAUAUAUUUCGCUAAGGCCCAAACAGUUUAAUCCGUUGAAAGAAGAGGAGAGCAGCGAAGCUUCGGCAAUGGCGAAAUCAAGGCUUCUUCGCCCACAGUUCUUCCACACACUAGUUCCAGGCUUUCACACUCACCUCAUGAUUCCUGAAGACUUCUUCUCUAAGUACAUUGAGGAAGGAAGAAGCAUGGCGGCUGAGCUGAUAUCCGACGCGUCGGAUAAAAAAUGGAGACUGAAGAUGACUGGUCGGAGACUCGGUGACGGCUGGAGAGAGUUCGCUGUUGAUAAUAAUCUUCGGUUCGGCGGCGUCCUUCUUGUUAGAUACGAAGGAGAUAUGGUCUUUCAUGUUUCGAAUUUAGGUCAAAAUUGCUGUGAGAUUCAAGACAUUUCGCCUCCAUGCAACAACAUUGUGAAAUCAGAUAAAACUUUGUUGAAGAAGCGUCUGUAUCCAAGAACGCAAGUAGAUAGAUGUGAUGAGGAUGAGGAUGAGGAUGGCAUUGAGCUUCCCAUAAACAAGAAAACGGAGAUGAGAAGUCCAGAAGCAGAAGCAGAACCACUUUCUUCUUCUUCAGAUAACUCCUGUUUUGUGGCUCUUGUCACGGCUUCUAGUCUACGCACAGAUAAACUGUAUCUUCCACAACAUAUUACAAGCUCAAAUGGUCUUACAAGAAAAUGCCGCAAGAUUGUUUUAGUAGAUGGAGGGGAAAGAUCAUGGACAUUGGAUCUGAGCUUCAACAAAUCAUCCGAUACUUUUUGCAUGAGCCGAGGUUGGAGAAACUUCUGUGAAGAAAACGGUCAAGAACCCGGAGGCUUCUUUAUGUUUAAACUAGUGGGAAAUAGAGAAACUCCAGUGCUCAGUCUCGGCCUUACAGAAUCUAAUAAUGAUACAAGGGUCUGCUCACAAGCUAGCGAGAGGGAAUCUCUUUCCACAGAACUUAGCAGCGAAGAUGAAUACAUACAAGGCGAGAGCAGUGAAGACGAUUGCAGCUCAAUGGAGUCGUUGAUGGAGACAGGAAAAAAGAAGUGUAGUCCGAAACGAAGAGUCACAUCAUAUGCAUCAUAUUCUUCAUAUUUGCCAUAUUAUAAACGAUAUGUAACAUUUACGCUUCGGCAUGGUUAUGCCACACAUCAUCAUACAUUGUCUCUUCCAGCGCUAUUUGUGAGAGAGAAUGGCAUCAACAAGCCUGGGGAGAUACAUCUAUUGGGUAAAGAUGGUACAAAGUGGCCGACAAGCCUUUUAGUCAACAUCAGAGGAAGUAUGAGUUUGGGAAAGGGUUGGAAAGAUUUUGUCAAAGCGAAUGGCGUAGAGUCAGGCUUUACACUCAAGUUGAUGUGGGAAGACACAACUCCGGUGUUUUGUUUGUGCUCUGCAGAUUCUACCAGUGACAGAGAGCAAGAAGAGUAUUUCAAAGCUAUCAGGAAACAAUCUCUUUUCAUGGAUCCUAGCAACAUAGAGAAUAGCAGCAAAGAUGAGAAAAACAAAGAAGAGAACAUGUCAUGGGAGAGGAAGAAGAGAGGGAGAGGUUCAACUCCAUUGAGCCUAAAACAAUUUGUGACAUUAACGAUUACACCUUGCUGCUUCAUAACGUGUAGACUGGUUCUUCCAGCACAGUUUGCAAGAGAGAAUAGCUUGAACAAGCUCAGAAUGAUAUAUCUGUUGGGUAGAGAUGGUAGAAAGUGGCUGACAAAAAUCCAUCAGGACAAAAAAGGAAGAAUGAGUUUGGGAAAGGGUUGGAAAGAUUUUGUUGAAGCAAACAACUUUAAGUCAGGCGAUUCCUUUGCUAUGGAGUUAAUAUGGGAAGACGGAACUCGUAUGCUCAGGUUGUCAGGUGCAGAGUCUAGCAGUUCAAAAGCAUAUGUUUCCACAGAAGCUGGAAGCAGUAGUGAUUCAUCAUCCUCAGCAAUCCAAAAUCGAUCGGUCACAUUAACACUCACACCGGAAGAGGUUAGAGCCUGUAAGCUGCAUCUUCCAAGUGAAUUCAUGAAGGCUAAUGGUAUCAACAGACUUGGGAAGAUAACUCUUUUGGGUGCAAACAAAAUGGAAUGGUCUGCGUAUCUGUUGACAAGAGAUGGGACUGUUGCUUUGGGAAUUGGUUGGGACGAGUUUUGUGAAGCUAAUGGCGUAAGUUUAGGAGAAUCUUUCACUUUAGAGUUUAGUAAAGAACAAAACAGAACAACUCCUGUACUUAAGUUUUGUUCUCUGGAGACUAACAAAAAGGUAGGAAAAUGUUAAUUAGAUAUUAAAGAUCCAGGUGGUGACAACUCUUUCAUCAUACAAUAGGAUGUAAAUCAAUCAUAAUAGCCAUUACCAACUCC